AGCUGCACGUAGAUAUCGAACAAAGACCACAUCGCCAUUGUGGAAAAUGAAUGAUCCCUGAAAAGAGAGAGCGGGACAUUAUACACUCAAAGCAUGCAACUCUAAAAAUAGAUUUGGGGAAAACUGAUGGGAAAAAUUGCGUCCUCGUGAAUAAGGCCUAUUGUAGGCCUACGGAGUUCUGCUAGUGUCACCUUCAUAUUUGAGAUCCUGAAUAUUUUAUUCUAGGAUGUCGCCAUCCUGUUUCACAUAUUAUUUCGACAACCAGUUAUCUCCAGUUUUUGGCAUCUUGUCUGUAAGGCUUCCGCAUCUGAAAUGAAGUAUGUUUUAAUCUAAAUUAAUUGUCACUUCCACGGCUCCGUAAACUGGGAAUUUCCCGAGUAAAUGUUAUGUUCGCCACGAUUCGCGUCUCACGGCCGUUUGAGUUUGAAUAGUGUGAGUUGAAUUGUACUGAACGUAGUGUUCAACGCUGUUUGUUUUUUAUCUCCAUUUGAAUCGACUCUGCGAUAUUUCGUCUAUAAAGCGGUGGUAGACAAAUACAACUCUAGGUCCGGCAGAAACUGGAGUAAGGUUGUCCACUUCAAAGAAUGGGGCAUAUUGGGCUCAGCAAGGGAAAUCCCUUUGGAGUGAGCAUGGAAGCUCGUUUAGUGAUCAUGUUCAUUGCACUGGGACUGUAUACGGUGCAAACCAACGUGUGCCCUCCGGAGUAUGAGACAAAUAUUCAGGGCGCAUUUGGAUGGUCCGGCAACAAAGCCUACCUACAGGAAGGCAUUUGGCACGCGAUCUCCUGUCCGACUUUCCGCACUGGGGAGGAGCUUGAUGCCGUUUUGUGGUACAAGGGGUCGGACAUUAAUGACCCUUCGAAGGUCUUUCUGAUGAGCCGUAACUUUCUCAUUGGAACGCACAAGGACACCGCUGCUAGUAUGAGAUACGCCCUGAGUCCGGAUGUCAGUUUGAUCAUCAAAGGGGUUGAACCGACUGAUAAAGGUCGGUACCUGUGCCAAGUUGUCCCAACGAAGACCAUCUACAGACACAGGGCUGUAGAUCUUGAUGUCUUUGAUAAUUCCUUCCCAGCCAGAGUCAGUGAGGCAUCGUCCUCUGCUGUCAUCCAGGGAGGACGCAGACAGACGCUACCGUGCCAGUGCGCAUCACAGUCACCCGACGCACCAUCCGUAGUGUAUUGGUCAAUGGGAGAGGGCGUCACUACAGAUACAGAGAUCAUUGGUGCACGUUUCUCUGAUGGCGUCACCCUGCAGAUCCAACAUGGCGCUGAUUAUAGCAUUGGUAGCGAUGCUUCUCUUACAGUCAACUCCCUGAAUGAUGUACAUGAUAACCAGCGAUUCUGGUGUCACGUAUUUCAGUCAGAUGAGACUCUCAGAAAUUGCUACACCGAUAUCGAAAUAAAAGAUGGGCUAAAUCCCUCUGGUGAUGCUCUGAGGGCAUCUGAAACAUCAUUCUACCUCCAAAAAGGACUGCGUCAGGUUCUUCCUUGCAACUGGAAGCCAGGCACUGCAACCUGUGCGAUUCAGUGGCUGAAGAUCGACACCUCAGAUCGACUUCUCCUCAGUUACAACUUGUCGACAAAUCAGGUGGAAGCGGACACAGGUUUUAAUUUGACCAGUGAUUUUGGUCUGGCUAUCGCUUCAACCGAGCGCGACCAUGCUGGGAAGUACAAAUGUAGCGUUGUGUAUACUGAGAGUGUUGCAGAAAUCGAAGUCCGUGUAAUAGGUGAUAACUUUCCUCUGGACGAUGGCAGACCAAUUUCAGGUGUCUCUGAAACCUUUGAACCUGGUAAAGAAAUGACACUAGCUUGCCUUGCCAGACCAAACAUCUCGGUGAAUGAAGCCAUUGUCUUCUGGUCGUUCGGAAAACCUGACAAAAAGACAGCUACUUUUAUUGGCAAGCUGAAUCUACCAGAAGGCACCAAGAAACUGUCCGAUCUUGGAGAUAGAGGAUGCUUCGACAUAACACCUGAAGGUUCCCUGAUCCUCAACAACUGCUUCCAAGAUGGAGACGUCAGAUACUGGUGCCACGUAUUUUAUGAAAAGCAUGAUUUGGUCAGAUCGUACCAAGAUUUGGUAACAAAAGAUCCUUCUUUUGUUGUCGUCGUCGCCCUUGUGUGCAGUUGUAUCCCAGUGGUUAUUGUGGCAGCUCUUUGUGUCUUGUGUUGGAGGCGGAAACCCAGACCACACUUAAGACAAGGGCAAAGGCCUACUGGUUAUGAAAGCAUUCAGUUGGAGGGGCAUGACGACAGUGACUCAAACAUAGAUGUAGCGCCGCUGGUCGAAAAAAUAAAAUCACUAGUGAAAAGGGAAAUGAGCAGACUUCCUGUUACGCCCUGGACAUGGGAUGACGUAGACAAGGCAGAAAUGGAUGAUGUUUAUACCCCUCCAGACCUAUUUGCCAAUGUUCACAUGCAGGGAGGCUGGCUAAGGUAUAAGCUAGAUUCCGAAUCUGAACUAUUUACUGAUGGCAUAUCCAAGUUGGCAAGCAAUCAUGUUCUAAUUCAAGGCGUUUCAGGUAGUGGUAAGACGACUUUCUUGCACAAAGUGGCAACUGACUGGGCCUUGGGGAGAGAGCAGGCGCUGCUUGGACGGAAGAAAUGUGUCUUUGUUUUGCCUGCAAAGAUCCUCGGGACAGCAAAAAGUCUCGGAGAGGCCGUUGCUCAGUACCUCCUUCCAAAGGGUGAAGACUUUUCGGCAAAAUUAAUUAAUGAAUAUUGCUCACAUAAUGCCAGGGACGUGGCUACCCUCGUGGAUGGUUGUGAGAAUAAAAAGGACAUACAACUUGUUCUUGUUACCAUAAAAGAUCAGAUCUCUUCAGGAAUGCACGUAGUAAUGACUACAAGGGACACGGGGCUUGCGGAUGAAAUGUGCCUAAAGGAAAACCUGCGGUAUGUUAUACUGGCAGGUUUUUCAAAAGAAAAUGCUGAGUUUUAUGUUAAACAAUUACUAGUAAAAUCCAAAACAGCCACCCGAACUCAGAUAGGAAGCAAAAGCAGUAACACAAUCAAUGUACGCUCACAAUCUACCGAUCGGGACAUCAUAGAAAACAAGAAGCCUGAAAAUGAAGAUGGUUCAAAUGUGGAUAAAGCAAGACAGAGUGGUGAAACGUCACCGCUGAUAACGACAGAAGAACAAUCACUAUCAGGCAUCAAGGAUGCAAAAAUAUCCGAAUGCAGUGACAAAAGUCUUAAACGACAAACUAGUAAGACAGGUGAACCAUCUCAGGAUCAGUUUGCGUAUAUGGAUCACAAACAGGACAGUGACAACGAUAAUGGAAGAUCUCAUGCUGACAAGCUGGAAAAAGCACCAACAAGUCCGAGGACUGAAGGAUCACAACAGAGCCAUUACCCAAUAGAUGUAUACAGCACGCUUAACUAUGGAGAUGUAUUUCACAAACUGGUAGAAUAUGUGAAAGUUGACUUUCCCACCCCCGAUGUAGCGUGUUUGCCACUUUACCUCUCAGUUUUUUGUCGGCUGUCAUUUUGGACAAACGGCAUUGCUUUCCAGGACGGUGCUUCCAGUGGUGUGCUGUUCUUGCGUCUGUUGAAGUGCAUUGUCGAUAAGGGAAAAUCUGAUCCGCUGCCAAGAAACCAUGACGGUAUUAAAACUGCGUUCAGUCGUGAACAGUUAGGCGUAAUUGAUAAACUUGGCCAAGUGGUUGUUGGAAAUAUGGAGGACCUUGAACAACCGACAGCUUUCAAAGAUGCAGAUUUUGUAGAAUCUGGUAGAGGGAGAAAGAAUGUGCUUGACAUGGCUGAGCAAGUGGGACUUCUCUGCCCUGUCCAAGUAAUUCCUGAAAAAUCUUGUGAACACAGUGAACAAGGGGAUAUUGUUCCCUCGAUACCAGGAGAUGGAGCCGCUACUUUUGUGUUAGAAGCACUGCAAGAAUUAUGCGCUGGUAUUCACUUAAAUCAAAACAGCGAAUCAAGAUCCUCACUGGUUCGAAAGAUGUUAAGCAAGAAACUCUGUGAUCAAAAACUGAAUAACAUAGUUCUCUUUGCCAGUCAGACCAAAGAUUGUGCUAAAUCCACUUUGUCAGAAAUGAAAUCCGAACUUGCAAAGUCCCCACCUGCACCAAACGCUUUUACAGAUGUGCUAAAGCACCAGAAGACUGUUGAGCUUGCCAUGAAACUGAUUUUUGAAAGCAAGUUGGACUGCGCCUCCCAAAAAAAGCUUCAUUUUGUCUGUGUCAGUGGUAACCUCCGCCUGAUGGGUAUUUCCAGCCACAAGAUUAAGCUCCUCUCGUAUUUUCUCAUGCAAGUAGACAGCUCCACCUUGAAAUCGAUAGAGUUGUUCCACGUUGGCAAGCACACCUGGACUGAACUUGAGGAAUACUUUGACCACUUUGCACCGGGAGUCUUGGACAAAGUUAGGAAGUUGUACAAUAAAGACCGUGACACCAAGCUGGACCCAGAAACAUCCAAACAGUUGCGUGGCAGAAUAGCUUCUUGCUGCAAAGACAUGCCUGAGUUUCCUUCUGACUGGUCAGACGACAAUAUCCUUCAUACCGUGCAGUCGUCUGGUCUACAGGAGCUCUUGGAGUCACAGUCUGGUGAAUGUCACUCAUCUAGUGCAUCAUCAGAGCUAACUCAAUCUCUUCAUCGUCACUCGAAGCUUGAAAGUCUCGUUCUCAUAGGGACAAUUCUUAGUUCUAAUGACAUGGUUACUUUGUUCGACAAAAUGAACAAACUGAAGAAUAUUCGGAAACUAGAUUUUCGCUUGAAUAAGGAGUUUGACGAUGAGGCUUUCUUCAAGGUGGCAAAAGCUCUAAAUGGUUGCGAAACGUUGACUGACCUUAGACUUUCUCUGUACAAAGUGACCUUGAAAGGGUUUGACAAAGUCCAGAAGGAAAUCAGUACUUGGGGAAGGCUUGAAACCCUGUAUCUACUGCAUGGUUCUCCGGCCGAAAAAUUUGUUGGGUUCCUGUCAGAAACUUUGGGGCAUCUUUGUGGAAUCACCUGUCUUCAUAUAUCAUGCUUACAUCCACCAGAAAAAUUAACAGAAACUACAGCAGACACGUUUCGAAGUACCAUGGAGAAGUCAAAUAUCGUGCCGUCCCUUAAGGAGCUUGUCAUUGUAAAUAUCGAGGAACUGAAAGAGUGGUGUGAAUCACUGAGGCUGCCAAAGAUGACACAAGCCUCGUCACUGAAAGUUAGGCCAGCGGAUCAGACACUGACUCAAACUGACAAGGAUGAUCAAAGACUCUACGAAACUGGGGUCGAUACACAGACGUUACCAUAUAUGUGUAGCAUGCAAUAGGAAAAGGGUGCGGUUUGCUAUUCUUUCUUUUAGUCUCAGUGUUAUUCUGACAAGAGAAACGCUUGCAUAUGUAAGCAUAUAAUCUGCAUUGCGAGGAAACUGCAUACAGAUUUAUUCAGUUUUAUUCAGCCAUUUUGGCCUGACGCCACUUGUUUUAUUGCUGGUUUAUUUCGUUAAAGCCACAUUUCAACAGUUGGCUGAAUUGCAUGUUUUACUUUAAUUAAGAGCACACUUUGACAACUCACAAAGCUAGCCUAUUCCACAGAAAAUCAACAAUGGAGUUGUCAGUUUAACAGGCUUUAUAUUAAGUACAGCACAUUAAGUUGUUUGGGUGUUUGCACUCCACUGCUGUGUUGGAAACCUUCUGGGGCAGUCAGCAAGGAUGCACCUGUGUGUCCUCCUAACCAGAUGAUAGUCUCCUUCAUUGCGUGCAGUCGUCUAGUGUGCAGGAGCUCAGUGAGUCACCGUCUGGCGAUUGUCAGUCAUGCAUUGCAGCAAGUGCCCUAGCUCGCUGCAGCAGUAGCAGCAACAACAAAAACCCAAAGCACGUCAUGUCAUACCGCACCACGCUACACAACGCAACGCAGUGCGACCUAACACAACACACACGCAAAACAAUUUUUCUUAGGGUGAGGAAAACCUACAGCUUGUUUGUUUCUGUUUAUUCAGAGACUAUACAGAGACUACACCAAAUGCCUUUGUAAUUAGUGCUUGUACAUUUUGGCCUAAAUUGUUCGCAUGAAUGGUUAAAGUUUUAAACGAUUACAUAUGUUGCAAGAAAAUGUGGUACUCUCUUCAUACAAGCUUUAUCUGAUUUAAAAAUAAUUCAAUAAUGUAAUUAAUGAUAACCUAUAGUUACUCUUAUUUCCAGUUGUAACAAAUAGUUCGAGAUAUCGAAAGUGUUAAACAGUUAAUAAGCAUUGGAAUAAUUAUAGAAGUGUAAUAAGAUUAAACAUAAGUCUUAUCUACAAUUUAUCCACGGUGAAAUGAGUUACACUUGGAGAUGAAUAAUUGAAAUGUACAUUACGUUUUCACUUAAGAUCAGGUCAGCCAUACCAGGUAUUCGUUGUAUUAUGAAUUAGAAACUGUUUGCUUGUAUAUAUAAAUUGUAACCAGCUUUUCAUCUGAAACAGAUUAAAAAGAAAUACCUAUAAAUAUAAUGCAGCCGUAAGUGAUUUCAAGCAGUGGACACAAGUUGUUCUCCAAAUGAAUGCCACACAACAUGCUGUAGUGCGCGUCAAACAGAUGACGGAGGUUUGUGCACUUUUGCCCGACGCAAAUCACUGCUGUUGGGUCAAAGCGUAAUGGGAUGGAGCUGAUUAAUGUUUAAACAUUCCUUUCUGUUUUGCGUUUUCCUUUUUCUGCCAAGAGGACGGAGUUUUAAGAAUGCAAUUUGUGGAAAGUUUUCCUUGCUCUUUGUUCACUUUCAUCACUUUUGGAAAAGAUACCCUCUUUCAGACGCCGAAUGUAGUUUUGCCAUUUUUUGGCCAAUGCCAGGGAUUUUUACCCUGCUUACCACAGUUUCAUUUUUUUAGCAUCUGUAUUGUGAUGAUAUAGUCAAAUAAACACACUGUACACUAAA